AAUCCAUAUGUCAGCCUCGCAUCAACCGUCCGUGACUUUUUUUUUUCUGGGCCAAUCGGCUGUUCUUGACAAUGACACCAUCAGUUGACCUGACCUGAGCACCGUGUUGCAAGGUAAGCUCUCAGAUAUUAUCCCUUGCAGACUUGAGUUCUGCUAUAAACCUGCCGGCCAUUGUCUCUCUCCUUUCUCCUGUUUAAGGUUCUUGAUUUGUGGUACAGACUAGAAAGCUUUAUCCUGCCAUGUCAGGGACCUCUUUCACCGGCGCGCCGGCGUCAGAUGCCCCCCUGGCUCCGUACCCGCGGCAGCAGAACUACAGCUUCAACGGGCGCGUCCUGCUUAUGGCCGCCUUCCUCCUUUUCGGGCUCACCAUCUUCUUCACCCUCAUCCGCUUCUUGCUGUACGUGUUAGUGGCGCGGUCUGGCGGCCGCCGUCGCCGCGGCAGCUUCACCGCCGGCAUCCUGCGGUCCAUCAACUCGUUUGGCGGAACUAGCGGCCGGCGUGGGCUGGACGCCUCCGCGCUCUCCGCGCUGCCGGUCACCGCGUACCGGAAGGAGGGCGCCGCCACCGCCGGGGCUGACUGCGCCGUGUGCCUGUCGGAGCUCGCCGACGGAGAAAAGGUGCGGGAGCUGCCCAACUGCGGGCACUCGUUCCACGUGGAGUGCGUCGACGCAUGGCUGCGCUCCAGGACGACCUGCCCUCUCUGCCGCGCCGAGGCUGAGCUGCCCAAGGGGAACGGCAAGGCGGAGGUGGCGGCGCAGUCGUCGUCGUCCUCCCCCUCAUCCUCUGCCAGGGAGCCGCCGCAACAGGCGUUGUUCGUUGGAGGAGGAACCUUGAUCGUGACCGUGCAAGGUGGCUUCCCGGAUACGCAAAGGGGCGUGCGUGGGUCAACAUCGGGGUAGGAGGUCAGUCCGGAUCUUCCUAUUCCUAAAUUGCAGCGAAGUUUCGAAGAAGGCUACAGCGACAGAUGCAUAUACUGUAGGUUAGACCGUUGUUCACGGCGUGCACAAGUUGGAUACAAUCAUACAAAACACCUCUGUUUGAGCGAAAGUCACCCAUUUGUUUGUUUGUUUGUUGUAUUUCGAGGAGAGCAUAUAAGAAACUCAUAUGUUGUUAAUUUACUUCCUGAAAAGUUUAGAGUAAAAUCUGUAUAGGGUUGACUAAUCCAUAUACAGAAGAAUGGAAAA